UAAGCCGGGAUCCGGGCCGCUCUAAUUUUAGAGGUAGCGCGAGAAAGACGUUCGAAAUGCGGGACUAAGGGGAGCACUGCAGGAUGUAUGUUUUCGUUAAUAAUAAAUCGCCGAUAAAUGAAAUAAAAGGGUUGAAAUAGGGGCGGAUAUCUACGUUGGAAGCUGUUGUAGAUGAAGUUGAUUACGAAUAGAACUUUGCGACAAAAUGCUGUGCGUAAAAGUUAAGAAAAAAGUCAAGUGACUGUUUGAAAAUAUGGAAAUGGGUGGGUGUGUGUCGAGAUUUGUUGAUGAAACUAUGUAGCUGACUUGUUUAAAAUGUUUGAUUGCUCAAUGGAGUGCCUGCUCACCGCUUUGCUCGUAUUAACAACGGGUCCUGUGGGUUUUCUCGACGCGAACCCGGACGCAAAACGGCUCUACGAUGAUUUGCUCAGUAACUACAACAGGCUCAUUCGACCGGUCGGAAACAAUUCUGACCGGUUGACCGUUAAAAUGGGGUUAAAGCUGUCUCAGUUAAUUGAUGUGAAUUUAAAGAGUCAGAUUAUGACGACUAAUGUUUGGGUGGAGCAGGAAUGGAAUGAUUAUAAAUUGAAAUGGAACCCUGACGAUUAUGGCGGAGUAGAAAUUUUGCACGUCCCAUCUGAACAUAUAUGGCUACCGGAUAUUGUACUCUAUAAUAAUGCCGAUGGAAACUACGAGGUAACGAUCAUGACCAAAGCGAUCCUCCAUCACACUGGAAAAGUGAUCUGGAAACCGCCGGCGAUCUAUAAAUCGUUUUGCGAAAUCGACGUUGAAUACUUCCCCUUCGACGAACAAACUUGUUUCAUGAAAUUCGGAAGUUGGACUUACGACGGGUACAUGAUUGACCUUCGUCAUCUAAAACAAGCGGAAAACAGCAAUAACAUAGACGUAGGUAUAGACCUCCAAGACUACUACAUAUCGGUAGAGUGGGACAUAAUGAAGGUACCAGCGGUGCGAAAUGAAAAGUACUAUUCCUGUUGCGAAGAACCGUACCCGGACAUUAUUUUCAACUUAACCCUUAGAAGAAAGACGUUAUUUUAUACAGUGAACUUAAUUAUACCGUGCGUGGGGAUUUCGUUUUUGAGUAUCCUCGUCUUUUAUUUACCGAGUGACAGUGGAGAAAAAGUGUCGCUGAGUAUUUCAAUUCUGCUGUCGCUCACCGUGUUUUUCUUGCUGUUGGUGGAAAUUAUCCCCCCUACGUCGAUUACUGUGCCACUCCUGGGAAAAUACCUGCUGUUUACCAUGCUUCUAUGCACGUUAUCUGUUGUGGUAACAAUUGCGGUACUGAACGUUAACUUUAGAUCUCCAGUAACUCACAAACUGGCGCCCUGGGUCCGAACAGUUUUCAUAGAGACACUGCCACCCUUUUUGUUCAUCAAAAGGCCUAAGAAGGAGGACGACGACAAAGGAGAGACAAUGUUAACCGACGUUUUAGGAAUGCCAAUGUCUGACCAAUAUAAGAUGUAUGAAAAAACUAAUUUCGAAAGUUUCGACAUUGGUUUGAUGCCAGGACGGUUUGACAUGCCACCCGCAGGAUUAGGUUCGUGUUUUGGAGAACCUCCCUUUCCUCUUCCGCUUGCGGGCGGUGACGAAGAAUUAUAUAGUCCAGCCAGUUGUAGAACCGGCGCUUUUGAUCCUCCUAGUGAUAUUAGCCCUGGAUUUGAUAAAAUCGAUGGUCACGAUAUGGAGAAGGUGGUUGCUGAUUCUAAGUUUAUAGCUCAGCAUAUGAAAAACAAGGAUAGUUUUGAAAAUGUUGAAGAAGAUUGGAAAUAUGUUGCUAUGGUCCUAGACCGACUAUUCCUCUGGAUAUUCACUUUAGCCUGCGUAGUAGGCACAGGGGUAAUUAUAUUAAAUGCUCCAUCACUAUAUGAUACCACAAAACCUAUCGACGUAGUUAUUUCCAAAGUAGCGAAGAAAAGAAUGGCGUUAUUGCAAAUGGUGCCAGAAGAAUUGUGAAGAAUGAUGAGAAUGUUUUAUGCUCAUCACAUUUUGGGCUUUGUAAAAAGACAAAAAGAUGUUAAUUGUUUUUCUAUGUUAUUGAUUUAGGGUAUUAAUAUUAAGACAUUAUUAAAUUAUCAAUGGGCUUAAUAGAUUUUUUAAAUAUAUUUACAUACAAAAAUA